GAGGUCACAUGGAGAGAAACGCACUCAGCCGCUUUAGAAUUCCACAAGACCAUUACGAAAUACUAAUAUUACGGAUUGUUAAAAACCAUCAUCGCGACAUAUCGAGUGUUGUCAUCCAUCCAUAGCUUAUCUUUUAUACACUAUAUACUCAUCGUCUGAUUCAUGAUCACGUUAUUGUUACAUUUAUUUAUGUACUAUAACUAAGGAUAAGUUUCACGUCUGAUAUUUUAGCAUUGUGUUUGUGCUAUCUCCUGUUUGGUAUCGUUUAUCGUGUAUCGGGUUCAAGUAUUAAAACAUGUUUUCAUUUAUCGGCCUAUCUGAAACUCAUAUAAUUCUUCAUCAUGCAAAGUUGACGAGAACUGAAAUUGAGACUGUGUGCGUGAAUUAACUAGUUUGACCUUAUUCUCAUAUACUCACACUCACGGAAGACAAAAAAUAACACCAUAGGAAGUGCUCACUGGAGAAGAAGAUUAUUUUAGCAUAUCCCACUUGAUUGAACACCCGGAUAUAAACAUGAAGGGAAUUCUGAAUUAUUGGCGUCUGGGGUUGCUGAUUUUGGUAUGGGUGUCUGGGUGGGGUUUUGCGUGUCUAUCUUUUGUCCAUGUCAUUAAAGCCUAUGAUGUCGAGCUCAGUAUUCAGGUCUUCCUCCGAAGCAUGGUCAUCCAAAUGUUCCUUCCUACCCUCCUGUUCGCAGCCGUGUGUCUGGCUGGGUCACUCCUCUACUGGCACCCCACCUGGGACGUCGUUCCCAUUAAGAGACGCACUAAACACCUGGCCACCAACAUUAUCAAAUAACGGUGCCAAGUACUAUGUAUAAACCUUUUAACUGCACAGUUAAGAUUAUCCACCGCAUAUCCGUAACUUCCAUGCUACUUUCUCGCAGUAUUUACGCCAGUUUUUCAUAAUAUAGAGUAAACAUAGAAUAAAUAUCCAAAGUCAUUUACUAAUAAACCUGCCUGAAUACUUGAGAAUGAUGAUUAUAUGAUAAUUAACUCGUGAUUGAUGAAUUGAUGAUAAGUGAAGUGACAAGAUGUUUAGCCAGAUCCGCCCAAGAAUAUUCACUUAUUAUUAACUUAUAUUAUUAAAGUAAGUGAUGUGCCAUACGUUUAUUUUGUUUCAUGUGUCAUCGUCGGCUUAUAUUUAUACAUAAACUUUGUAAUCCAAUUUCAUUGGGCAUGCAUAGAACUCUCCUAUUUACGUUCUAGAAACCAAUAAAACUUUUACCAGUGAAUUUAUAUUUCGUUGUUACAGUCUGCAAAUUACAUAGGAGUCAUUCAGUCAAAUAAACUCAAUGCAGUGUGAAAUAAUUACAGUUUCAAAAUAUAUUUACAUAUUUCCAUUUUCAUAUAGGUUAGCUUGCGAAACUUUUUUGCUAAAACUUGCCCGGGAAGCAGCUUCGUUAACCGUCACACACGAAAAUUACAAUGACACCAGCUGCGGAUUACCGUCACCUUACUGAAGAGCUAGAACAAACAGGAAAAAUUUCACAGUUUAUAACUGUCGAUCCUGAGGAGCAAGCCCUUGAAAGAAAAUGUUUAAUGGAACUCUAUAAACUGCAGAAGGAAAUAGAACUGGAGCAUCGGUAUUUUGUCAAACGCUUGCAGUUAAUUGAAGCUGGAAAGCCGACAGGGUUGAUGGAUAUGAGCAUAGAAACUGUUCAGGCGAUGAUGGAGCGAGUCAGUGGAAAACCAAUUGAGACCUUUACUGAGCUACUUCAAAUUUUGUCAAGUGUUCAAGAACCUCAGAUUGUAGACGUUAUAAAUGAAGAAAAUGAGUUACAUCCCAAUAACCACUCAUCCUUGUUUAGUCCAAGUAGCCAAUGUAGCUCUCAGCUUUUAUCUGCAUCUACAAGUGGUCAACCUGUCGGUGUUGCUCCAAGCCUGGUCAGUGGCGAUUCACAGUACCGGAAUAAUGUAUUCCCAAAUUCCACGGAAAUGGUCAGUGGUAUUCCCUGUACACCUGCCCGUACUUUAUUUCAGUUUGGUGGCAUCAGCUCAGUAAUGUCUACCAACAAGGCACCUCGAUUGUUAAAACCUGGAGAAGUUGCGUUCUCCGUGUCAGGAUCACCAUUAGUCAUGCCAAAACUUGGUGGGUUACUAAACAAGGACCGUGGCGCUGAACGAAUACCUGUGAAUGAUUUAGAUGGAAAGAAAAUCGUGGAGGUAGUUUUGUACAAAGGCGAGGAAGGCACGGAGAAAGAAUAUAAAGAGUUUGUGACCGAUGUACGUGGUUUAGCCGCAACAAAAUCAAUUAGGAAGGAUCGAAUUCGUCCCCCACGUGUUCCUGCCCUUUCGAAAGGAAAUGGCGUGUCUGCUACAAAUAAGAAGUUCCGCUGAUUCCGUGAUUGAAUACUACAGGUCGCAAUAAAAUUUACAAUCGUUUCGGAACUAUUAAUUUAGUUUGGACUGAAUAUAUGCCAUGGUCAAUUGAAUGCGCUUUUUUGGUUAAUUUAUUUGUAACGAGAACGAAUUCUCAAAUAUAUCAACUACAUAAUAUGCUCCAACAAUCUAUAACUUUGUCAACCAGUUUUGUAACAUAUCUACUCUGCCUAGCUUCGUACCUAUCAAUACAUAUAUUGUACUGAUUUGUAAAACAAUAAUAAGAUUAUUUUAUAAAAUAAUU